AUGGCUUCCUCAUCAUUUAGGGAUUCGAUCAACUCCCUCGGCUGGUCACGACGUGAUCAGGACGUGCCUGUGAAUACGGCGCAACAGAGCGGCCUCAUGUCGUCCAUCAAGUCGCUGAAUCCUUUCGGAAACAACAGCUACAUACAACUUCCAACCACCGAGGGAGCCGGCGCACCUCUGCCUGCUGCUAGCAGGAGAGAAGAGGAAGAAGGGUUCGCAACGCUGAGUCGAUGGGACCGUUUGCUCAUAUUUGGAGCCUGCAACUUGGGUGCACUUGCCUGCUUCGUCAUCUGCUUCGCCCUGUUCCCAGUGCUGUCGUUGCGGCCGCGCAAGUUUGUAAUUCUAUGGACUCUUGGCUCUCUUUUGUUCCUGGCGUCCUUUGCGGCCAUGAUGGGCCUAACGGCUUAUGCGAAGCAUCUUAUCUCCGGUCCUCGCCUGCCCUUCACCGCGGCCUACUUUGGAUCCUUGGGGCUUUCUCUCUACUUCUCACUGGGUCUGCACAGCACUUUCCUGACCUUGAUCUCGGCGCUGAUUCAGCUGGCCUUUCUAUAG